AUGAUAGAAAAGCAGUUGGCAGGUAUCAUAGAUGACUAAGAGAAGAGUCACAUUAUUGUAGAACCAUGGAUUCCUAAAGCUGUUGAUAAGAAUUAAGGGUUUAUUAAAAAGAUAAUGUCAUUCAAGCAGACAUUAUGUAAGAAAAGAAAUAAAGUAAAAGCAGAUGAAGAUUUGAAUUCUACCAAAAGUACAAAUAAAAGUAAUUCUAGAUUAGGUAGUGAUAUAGAUGAUGAAGAUGAUGAACACUAACAUGAUGAAUUUAAAAAGUGUCAAAAAAGUCACCAGAGCAAUAGCGAAUAAAAUUAGGAAGAGGAAGAUGAUGAGCUAAAAGAUGAUGAAGCUUAUAUCAAAAAAAUGGAUUAUAUUAAAGAAAAAAAUAUUAUGAUUAUACAUUCUUAUAGAAAGGCUGAGCUGUAUUUAAUGCCUACAAACAUAAAUUCAAGGGCAAGAAAGAUUUAGGAAAUUUAGUUAGAAGAAGAUUGUAAUGUUUAUAGAUGCUUUGCAUUUAAUACAGAGUAAUUGCUAUUUGGAAUAGGAAAAAAGCUCAUUUGUUUCUAAUGGAGCUAGCAUCAAUAGUAUUUUAAUGAAUUAGAUGUAUUCAAUCUCAAAGACGAAAUCACUUAGGUUUGUGGCAAUGUUGAGGAUUCCCAAGAUUAAAAUGUCCGAAAUGGAUUCAUAGUCAGAAGUUCUAAAAAUUAUUUAUUAUUAGUUAGAUUUAUGGAAGGUAAAGUAGUAAUUAAGGCAUAAGCAUACAUAGAUGACAAUAGAAUUAUAUUUGAAAAAGAGCGUAAUUUCAUGUUUUAUCAUAAGCAACGUGUCAUUUUGAUUCGUUGGUAAGCCAAUUUUGCCUCAGAUUAUCAAAAAUAAAAUAAAAAUGACAAGUAGAAGGAAUCAAGCUUUUCAUUUAAUAGUAAAACGAUGCAACUAAAAAGUGCUGUUGUUAUAACAAUCUAUGAAUGCAAUCCCAGUCUAACAAAUAACGGUUUUUUCGCUAAAUCAUACUCCCAUCGUUUGGAUUUAAAAGAAUUUGAAGUAAUCAAAGAAAUAGAAGAGGCAUAUAUUUUACCUUAAAUGUAAAACGGAAAAAACAGAAUAGCAUUAGUUUGUCAAGGAAAAUCUUUCUUGUUGGUAUUUGGCUAUAAAGAUGGUUCUUUUAUCUUAGAUAAAGCAGCUCAUAAUAAAAUAAGGUUGAAUUUCGAUAUAAGCAAUAACAUAAUAGUAGGAGUCAAGGAAGACAACAAAUGCGAAAUAAGCACAUUUAACGAUAGUGGUUCUUAUGAAUCUGUUCUUCAUUAGUCAGCCUCUUCUUUUUUCCACUCUGCUUAAAGCUGUGUUGAUAUAUAAGAACAAUUCGAUCUUCCUUUUAUAGGAGACUAUGUCGUUGCAAUUGAAUAAAUAAGAUUAUAGCAUGGGUUCGAAUAUUAUUUUUUAGUUUAAGAGCCAUUAUACAAUGAAGAUGAAGAUGAUCUAGAAUAAGAUGAAAGCGAUUAAGAAGAAGAAGAAGAAAAAUCAAACGAAGUCAGAAACAGAGAGAAGAAGAAUGAAAAGAAAGAAUUAAAAUAAAAGUAAAAAUAAUAAAAAAUAAGUGAAAAUAUCAUAUUCAGUAUCUAUAAAAUGAAGAUUGUUACUCCUAAAGAAAAACUAAGAUAUCUUAUUCAAGAAGGUCUUGAUACAGAAUAAACCAUGAAACAGUUUGGCUUUACAAAUGAAAUAGAGUUUAUGAUUAGUUGGGAAUAAAGUAAGAAAACAUAUAUUGAUGUUUAGAAGUACUUGAUAGAUUCUAGAUCUAUUGAAUUGAGAAGCACAAGCGAUUUAUUAGGUGUUAGAGAUUAUAAGUACUUGAAAUAAGAAUUAAAAUCACUUGUAAAUGAGAAAAAGCUGAAAGUUUCUGAAAUUAAAAAUGUUUUACGUCACAUGAUGGAAGUGUUUGCCAAAAACUAAUUUUCUUGCGUAUAUAGUACACCAGAGUAUCAUUAAAAGUUCGAAAAUAUUGAGAAAAGACUGGCUAAAAUAGCACAAUUGCUUUUUGCUUAUUAAAAAAUGGUUGUGAUUUACUUAGAUUAAGAUAACAUAGAAAUCGAUUUAAAUGAGUUCAAUAAAAUAUGGAAAAACAUGACUUUAUAAGAGCUAUUUUUACUCGUAUUGUAGAAGAAAUCAGAUCUUAAUUUAUAGGAGUUUGUAGCAGUUUUCAAAAGAGAAAUUCUUAAUAAUUAUUAUACACUCUUUUACGAAAUAAGAAGAGAGUUGAGAGAAAUGCCCAUGAAAACUAUGUUUAUGAAGAUGGAUUUCUUACUUCCACUUGAAUAGUAAAAGUUAAACGAAAUAUUGUCAUAAGAGAAUGAUUCUAAUUUUAUCAAUAUUAAUGAAUCUGAGAUUAAGUUAUGGAAUCUAUGGGAUAAAGAUUCAGAAGAGACACUAUUUUGUAAAGUCUAUGCAAAAAAUUGUGCAGCUUACACAGAGCAGAGCGAAGUAGAAAACAAUGUCAUCCCAAAUUUUAUUUCGAAAAGAGACCAAUAUUCUAAAAAGUUCAUUUAUUCUACUGUUGAUGGUAUUGAACAUUUAAAAACAAUAAAAGAGAGUCUUUAGCAAGCCGAUACUUACAUGAAAUUAGUAAAAUAAUUUACUACUUUAUAUGGCGAAGUAGAUUUCUCUUUGCUUUGUCUCGAAGCCGCUAUGAAAGAUAAAGGUUUUGCUGAUAGCGAAGUGCUGAAGAAAGAAUAUAUUAAUCUAUCUCUUUACAGUGUUCUUCUUUAUGAAAAUAAUUUAAUUGACAUAGAUUACAAUGAAUUUAAGUAAUAAAAAACUCUUUAAAAAUUAUGUUAGAUAAUUUCUAACAAUCCUACCAACCCAGCUAUAAUACUUUGUCACAAAACCAUGAAAUUGUUCACUGAAUACUCUAAAAAACCAGAUAAAUUUUUAAAAAUACUAAGAAAAUUCAUUCACCGCUAAGAAUGCACUCCCCAUAUCUUCCACGAAGUAUUCAAAUGUGUAUAAAAGGAAUUUGAUGAAGUCAGUAGAAACGAUAUCUUUUAAAAUUUAUUUGAUUUUAUUUGUGAAAAACUUAAUUUUGAGCAUAACGAAUAUUUAGAAGAAUACGUUGAUAUUUUGAAAGAUAAGUCUUAAAAAGAAAAAAUAUAAUUGUACUCAAAUAUGUCAAGAUUGAUCUAUAAUUUUGGUAUUAACAAGAAUAUAGGUUAUCUUGAAUAGUUUGUUAAUUUUGAUGAAAAUAGAAAAGAGGAGGAACAACAAAAAUAAGAUGAAGAUAAAACUAAAGAAGAGGCUUCUAAAAAUAAUUAAAAAGAAGGAACAAGCAAUUAAGACAUUAUAAAAAGAGCUCAUAGUAUUGUUGAUGAGAUUAUUGAGAAAUACUUUUACAAUAAGGUUAGUGAUAAAAAUAAAUAAGUAGCUUUAGAUAGAUCACUAAAUAUUAUCGAUAUUAGAAAAAUUACGCAUAUGAGAACUCUUUUGAACUUCAUCUAGGAAAAUUUGUUUAAUAAAAUUCUAAAGAAAGGUGAGUCUGAGGGAAAACUAUUAACUAAGUUACUCGAAUUCAGCAAGUUUGAUCAAUUUAGAGAUGUUCAAUCUUCUACUACUUUAUCACUAGAAGAUGUUGAUAGAAUUAUUUUACUUAACAUUAGAAAUACAUUUAAAAAACACAGGAUUGAUGAAUAGAUUAAAAGAUAUAUUUUUGAGCAUUUUACAUUGCUUAAACUCGAAAAUCCAACUAGAACUUAGGAAAAAGCUUUCUUCGAUUUAGCAUGCUUACUUCUUGAUCCUCCAAUCGGAUUAAUUUAUAACUUACCAGAUUUAAGAAAGAAGGAGAAAUUCACUUUCUUAAGAGAAAUACUUGAAAUAUUCCUCCAACCUCAAAGAAUACACGAUUUAGAAAGGGUAGAUUUUUACUCACUUCACAAAUAUUUUACACUGUUUGAUAAACCUGACGAAGAAUAUGUACCUUUUAGAGAGCAUGAAUUCUAGCUCUUUUUGAGAGAUUAUGCUUUGAAUCUUGAGAAUGUUGAAAAAAUUGUUGAAGUUAUUGAAAUUCUCAAAAAAGAAAAAUCUUCAUAUGUGUCUGACUUAUGUUAUUACUUAAUUACUGAAUUUGAGGGUUUGAGUACUGACCAAAGAAAGAGAUUCACAUAGCUAGGUUUAUUGGAAUGUUAAGAUGAAAAAUUGAUGAUGGAAAUCGUUUCAGUUAUUCAUUAAAGUAAAAUUAUCUCACAGCAGCCAUAGAAGGAAAAGGAGGUUUAAGGAGAAAAGCCUUCUUAAAAAUCGAUCAUAUCGACCAAUAAGGAAAACAACACAUCAUUACCAGAAAUAAAAGAAGAAAACGAGGAUAAAUUAUCUGCAAAUAACUCUCAAACUAAUAUAAAAGCUCCUCUACCAGCUGAAAAGCCUAAAUAGUAGCAAUCUUCUUCCUCUUCAUGGGGGUUCUUUGGUAACCCACUAUAAUAUCUUAAAGAUAAAUUGUAAAAGAAAGGUUCAAAUAUUAGAAUUCUUAGCACACAGAUAUUUUAAAAUGAUAGCAAAUUGAGUCUAUAGUAAAACGAAAAGGAAGUUAAAGAACUUCUUCACAAGCUAUAUGAUGAGCUGAUAUCUUUAGUAAGUGAUAAAAAGUAUAAUUUAAAUCAUAUUAAAUCUGAUGACGAUGAAGAAGAUGAAUCAAAUUCUGAAUAAAGCUAAAUUUAAAACAGAAGAAGAUAGAUGGAUCUGUUUUUUAAAUUGUUAACUAGAGAUCCACCAUCUCAAGCAUUUUACUUACUUGCUUUGAAUAAGUAAUACUUCGAUCUCGCGCUUAUAAGUGACAUCAUAAUGAAACUCUUGAAAAACUAUUUUAUAAGCUUAGAUACUUUCUUCUUGGUCAAGUAAAUGAUUAGAAUCUGUAUAUUUAGACUUUGCGAAACUCCAAAUAGCUCUAUAUUUUACAAUGAAAUUACUAAAUAGUAAUUGAAAGAAGGAUUUAUCCCUUAUUUGAAUGAAAAAUAUUAAAAAAAUGAUGUUAAUAGAAAAAUAUUUGAGAGAUUCUUUGAAUCAUUCAUUUUAAUCAAUUAGCUUUCAUACUUCCAAAAAUACAUCACAAAAGAAACUGAGCACAAAUUCUUGUUUGAGAAAGCCUUUAGAAAUACUAUUAUUGGAUAGAUGAUAUAGGAGAGUGGUAACCUGGAUAUUUUUGAAAAGGAGCCUGAUAUUUUUAGAAUGGAAGAUUUUAACACAAAAGAACUUUUGAUUUCUUCAAUUGUUUGCGAAUUGAGAAAUAAUAACAUUGAAAAAGCCAUGGAAUUAUGGAGGAAGAUAACUGUCUUGAAUAAGUCUGAAUAGCAAAGCUAGAAUAAAAAUCAGUAACAGAUUGAUCAAGGGUGGAUUGACUGCUUCAGAAAAAUUCACGAAAGAUCCAAGCAUUUAAAGGCCUUGAUUGAGUUGCUUGAUAGAAUUCAUGGUGAAAAUAAAGAUUUAUUUGAUAGAAUUGUUGAUAGAAAAGCCUUUUAAUUGCUUAAAUCGCUUAAUAAUGUUUCUUGCGAAGUCGAUAUGUCUAAGUAUGUUAAAUUCGAGCAAAUUUUUAAAUGCAAGGAAGGACCUUAAACAAUCUCUAACAGUUUAGCCAGCAACAACAUUAUUAAGAUUAGAGAUCCAGCAGAAGAGAAUAGGAAAAUACUCAGUAAGGGUGAACAUUCUGAAAGAGUUGUAUAGACACUAAAAUAAAUCAAUAAAUAUGAAAUAAGAUAAGAUUUAGAAGAAUAUAACGUUUUCGUGCUUGCUCAUGUGCUAGGCUACUUCAUAGAAGGCGCAGACAGCCUAGUUUAUUAUCUUUUCACUAAAAAGCUGCUUCAAAUCAAAGACAAGAAAAUAAAUGAAGAUGAAAGAAAUGAUCAACUCGGAAAUGAUUAAGAUGAAAGAUUAUUUGAGUCUGAGGAUGAAGAAUUUUACAACAUAAAAUAAGGUAAAGAUGACAUUAAUGGAUCAUCAAAAUAUGGUGGAUAAUAACUUCAUAGAAGAGAAAUAAUAGAAAUUAUGAUUGACAGAAUAGCUAGUAUUGAAUUUAUUUAAUCUUAAAUUUAGAAGAUCUCGAAAAAGACUGAAUAGGAUCCUCUAAAGCUAAGAAAAUACCGUUUGCUAAUACACUUGCUUAGUGAAAGAGAAAAGAAACUUAUUGAGACCUCUCUAACGUAUACAAAAUACAAUAGCAGCAGCUAUUAAUUAGAAUAAAAUACAAGCAGAAAGCAAAUGAGUGAAAGCCUUUAUCUGAGAAUGACCAGACAAAUAGAAAGUUCUAAGGAUGGCGACUCUGUUUCUGAUAAGACUUGCAUAUGGAAAUAUUUCGAAACUCUUUUAAAUCAAGAAUCAACAAAUCUACUUGAUUGCUCUGAGUGUAAAUAUUUAGUUACUGAGUUUAUUCAUUAAAAAUUCACAGACAUUAUAAGCUUCUAUUAGAAUACUAGCGUUGAAUUCAAAACUGAGUUUGUAGAUAUUGUAAAUUAAACCUUAGAAAAUAGCAUUUAAAAUUUCUGCACUUAAGCUCCAUUGAGAAAAUAACUAAUUCAACUGCUUGAAAGAAUCUAAUACAAUAUGGAAAAUGUAUGCGAAAUAAUAUUUGAUGUUAUGGUAUAACUUAUAUUAGCUUAAAAUUCAAACGAUUCAAUUAAUUUAGUCUUGAUUUCAACUAAGGAUUACAUUGUUCUUACAUAAGAACAAAACAAUAUUCUUACUCAACUUUCAGCUGUACUUAGAAUGGGACUGCUAUUACAAGAUUCAUAGACUACUAACCAACUAAAAAUGGCUUUAAUUUAAAAUACAAAAAAUGCAAGUUAUUUCAUAGAAAGAAGUCUAAGGGAAAUUAUCUCAAAGAUCAAUUAAUCUUCUACAGUAGUUGAUAUAAUUAAAUUAAAAUAUCUUGUAAUGUAUCUGCAAAAUACUUCACUCUUACAAGAUCUAAUACUUAGUUGCGCAGAGCACUUAUAACCAAAUGUUUUAAUUCCUUUACUAGUGAAGCAAUUUCUUUCUUUUGAAGACAUUGACAUUAUAGAUAAUGUAUUAAACUAAGUUUUGAUCUCAUCAUAUAAUUUGUUUGGUACUUAAUUGUAAGAAAAGCAAGUAGAGUAAAUAAUAAAUACCUUAGAAGAAAAUAAAAAUUAAAUAUAAUAACCACUUUUAUAUGGAUUUAUCCUUUAAUACAUUGGAGCAGCUUCAUUUAAAAAGAAAAGUGAAUUAUUUCAUGAACUAUUCGAUGAGGCCCUUUUCAAAAUUGUUAAAAAAAAAUAAGAACAAGAAGAGACUUUAAGCUAAUCGCCCUUGAAAAACUACAAAAACGAAGUCGAGUUUAAUUAAUAUCUCGACCUGCAAAUAGAUUGCUACAGAUUAUGCGUUCAUAAAUCAAUAGAUGAUUUAAUUGUAUAUAAUAUCAUAGAUCUAAUCAAGUAAAAUAAAAUCUAUGAUGCUGCAAAACUAAAUAGUAGAUUCCAAAAUCAUUAAUAAGAAAGUCUGGUUAACUCUUUCAAAAAGCUUAAAGAAGAUAUUAUUCCAAUGGAAAAUAAUAGCAAUCUUUCACAAAUAACUCUAAAAUUAUUGAAUAUGACCAAAAAUGAUAUAAAAAAACUUAGUUGA